AUGGCGUACAACAGACCCUACAACCCCGACGAACUCCCAAGGUUUGCGGAACCCGAACAGAAGGGUGGCGCUGCCCCGGCACCUUCCCAGCAGCCUUCCCAGCCUCGCUACGAGAGCAAGCCUCCGCCACCCGUUCCUCGUGACGACUUCCAUCGCCCGGAUCCUCGGAACGACCACCGCCGACCUAGCCCCAACAUGUACGGCGUCAGCUCUCCUCCCCCGACGGGCAACCCCCGCCCGACCGCCCACCACCGCCCACCCCCCAACUCCCGGCCGCCUCCGUCACCCGCUCCCGAUAUGAGUGCAGACGGCGCUGACCCGACGCUUUUACCCCUGUUCCGAGCUGUCGAUAAGGAUGGUACUGGCCAGCUCUCCGAACGUGAGCUGUCGACCGCCCUUGUCAACGGUGAUUGGACUGCUUUCGAUCCCCAGACAGUUCGCAUGAUGAUCCGCAUGUUCGAUUCCGAUCGCAGUGGUACCAUUGGAUUUGCCGAAUUUUGCGGACUCUGGUCCUUCCUUGCGUCGUGGCGCACUCUAUUUGACCGAUUCGACGCCGACAGAUCCGGAAACAUAUCCCUCGGCGAGUUCACCAAUGCCCUCGUGGCUUUCCGCUACCGUCUCAGCCCUGGUUUCGUCGAGCUUCUCUUCCGGACGUACGACAAGCGUGGAGAAGGCGUCAUGUCUUUCGAUCUUUUCGUCCAGGCUUGCAUUUCCUUGAAGCGCAUGACGGACGUUUUCAAGAAGUAUGAUGACGACAGAGACGGCUAUAUCACUCUCAGCUUCGAAGAUUUCUUGACCGAGAUUCUUAAGCAGCUCAAGUAG